UGGGCCUACUUGGCCCAAUGCCCAAACCCAAGUCAAAAGCCCAAAAUAAGUUCCAAACCAAGGAGUAUUAAGGCGAAGGGUAGUUUCGUCAAAUCCCUCGAUGAAUGCCCUACACGCGCAGAAGGCUAUAAAUACGGAAUAGCAUGUCUUGUCAAAGGGGGAGGCCGCGAGGACACUUAGAGACAAAGAGCAGCUCGUCAGCUCACCCGUCUGAAGUAUCUCGCCAGCCGGCCCGUCUCAAGCAGCUCGUCAGAUCACCCGUCUGAAGCAUCUCGUCAGCCGGUCCGUCUCAAGUAGCUCAUCAGCUCGCCCGUCUCAAGCAGCUCGUCAGCUCACCCGUCCGAAGUAUCUCGCCAGCCGGCCCGUUAAAUUUUCCCGAUGGAGAUUCUUCCGAUUCCGGCGGAGAGUUUCAAGGUAGGAUUCAUCGGAGCUGGUAAAAUGGCGGAGAGUAUAGCUAGAGGUGUGGUUGCUUCCGGUGUGCUUCCUCCUAAUCGUAUAUGCACCGCCGUUCACUCAAAUCUCAAUCGCCGUGAUGUCUUCGAAUCCUUUGGCGUCAAUGUCUUCUCCACUAGCGAAGAAGUUGUUAAAGAAAGCGAUGUUGUCAUAUUCUCUGUGAAACCUCAAGUUGUUAAGAAGGCUGUCACAGAAUUAAAGUCGAAGCUUUCAAAGAAUAAGAUUCUGGUUUCUGUUGCAGCUGGAAUCAAGUUGAAUGAUUUACAGGAAUGGUCUGGUCAAGAUCGAUUCAUAAGGGUGAUGCCUAAUACACCUGCCGCUGUUGGUGAGGCAGCUUCAGUUAUGAGCCUUGGCACAGGAGCAACGGAAGAGGAUGGAGCAAUUGUUGCUAUGUUGUUUGGCGCGGUGGGGAAGAUAUUGAAAGCUGAUGAGAAAAUGUUUGAUGCUGUCACUGGUCUCAGUGGAAGUGGACCAGCAUACAUAUUUUUAGCAAUUGAAGCUUUAGCCGAUGGAGGAGUAGCUGCUGGUUUACCCCGAGAGCUUGCAUUGAGUUUAGCUUCACAGACCGUUCUUGGAGCUGCAACGAUGGUUAGCAAAACUGGGAAGCAUCCAGGUGUGUUGAAAGAUGAUGUUACCUCACCUGGCGGCACUACAAUAGCCGGAGUUCAUGAACUAGAGAAAGGCUCUUUCCGGGCAACACUUAUGAAUGCAGUUGUUGCUGCAGCUAAACGAAGCCGCGAGCUCUCACAGAGCUAAAUGAUACAUAUGUAGUUGCUGCUAUUGUUUCACCUCACAGAUUAAUCAAAAUAAGGGUUAUGGGCCUUAUGGCAUUGCUUGUUUUUAGGCGAGAGUUUUAUCCCACUUGUCUUCGAUGGUAGAGGUGAAGAUUAUUUAUCUAGACUAUGAUGUAUUAGUUCAGACAGAACUCAGAUACUUUUCUAUAAUUCUUAAUCUAAUAAAAAUCACUUUCAGUUUUGGGUUCAAUA